AUAAAAAAAUCAUAAGUAUUGUACAUUCAUGCCCAAAUAUAACCCAUUUGAGUUUUAAAAAUAGCAUAGGAUUUAGUAAUAGAGCAUUAGAACUGAUAGCAGGUUCAUACCCGAAUCUGAAGUAUCUCAAUUUGUGCGAUAAUCAGUCAGAAUAUUUAAAUAUUGCCUAUCGCACAGAGAUUACUAAACAUUCAAUUUGCGGUAUUAUUCGUUCCUCUCCAAAGCUCCAGCAUCUUAACAUUACCUUUUGUGAAAUUACUGAUAUAACAAUCAAAGAAAUUGCUAGAUCAUGUCUUAAUUUAAAAUAUUUUAAUCUGGAAGGGUGUGAUAAUAUUAGUAAAGAAGCUGUAGAUCAGCUAAAUCCAAAUACUCAUGUCGAGAAUUUUCAGGAUCC